AUGAAUCUUCCUCUUUAUUUGCUUUUCAUUCUCAUAUUCAGCAAUAUCUAUCUUGUUUCCUGUAUCCAUAGAAGAAACCAUGCCCAAACAAGGUGCUCAGAGCGUGACCGGAUGGCACUCUUGCAAUUCAAAAAAGGGCUCGUGGACGAUUACGCCCUUCUCAAGUCAUGGAGAAAUACCAACACUUCACGAGAUUGUUGUAAAUGGAGAGGUGUAGGAUGCAGCAACAACACAGGCCAAGUCAUUAGGCUUGAUCUUCCUGCAGUUUGGUUAGAAGAAGCUGAUCAAUUGCUUGGUCUCAGUGGUGAAAUCGGUUCUUCAUUGCUUUCAUUAAAUUCUUUGACAUAUUUAGAUUUGAGUGGAAACAGUUUCACUCGUAUCCCAAACUUCCUUGGUUCCCUCAAGACACUACAACACCUCAAACUCACUAACAUCGAGUUAACUUCAUCAAAAUUUCCGCAUCAAUUAGGCAAUCUUUCCAGCUUACAAACUCUUGAUCUUUCAGCUACAUCGAUCGUCUUAAAGACCACAGAUUGGCUUUCCCAUCUUUCCUCUCUCAAGUACCUAAAUCUAAGUUAUAUAGACCUCAGUGACUCAGUUGGUUUACUGAGUAACGCAAUCAAAUUACCCUCCCUUGUAGAUUUACGCCUUGUAAACUGUUUGCUUCCGAAUAACACUGCCAAAUCUUUCUUUCGCUCCAUGACAAACUUAUCCGAUUCUUUUGCAGUUCUUGAUAUCAAUUCUAACUAUCUUCCAGCCUCUGAGAUAUACCCUUGGUUAUUCAAGUUUAGUAGCAGCCUUACUGACAUCAAUCUUUCAGACAACGAGCUCCUUGGUAUCAUUCCUGAAGAAUUUGGUACGUUUAAAAACCUUCAAACCCUAGAUUUGACCAACAAUGGCCUCGAAGGUGGUAUCCCAGUUUCAUUUAGAAACUUGGGCAAGAUACGGGAACUUUCCCUAUCUGGGAACAAUCUCAACCAAGACCUUCCUAGUUUUUUCAGCAACUUGCCACAGAUGUCGUUACAGGUUCUUGAUUUAUAUGGGAAUCAACUAAGCGGUUCUUUGCCUGAUUUUACAACAUUCACAUCUCUCAAGGAACUGUACCUUGGACAAAAUCAGUUGAACGGAUCUUUCCCACGAAAAUUUGAAAAAAUCUCGAAUCUAUCGAUCCUUGAUUUGGCAGAUAAUAGUAUCAACGGAUUGCUUCCUGAUUUUUCUGCCUUAGCUUCAUUGCGGGAGUUGUAUUUUGAAAGAAACCUAUUAAAUGGAACUCUAGCUGAAAAGUUAGAUCCUCUCUCCAUGCUCGAGUCUUUGGGAGCAUCUUCGAAUUUCUUUCAAGGAACGAUAUCUGAAACGCAUGUAGCUAAUCUUUCUCGUUUGAGAUACCUUGAUUUGUCGAAUAACUCCCUGGCUAUAGAAAUCGGUUCCAAUUUGUCUGCAACUUUUCAACUCGAAACCAUCUCGUUGUCAUCCUGCAAACUCGGGAGUUCUUUCCCGAGAUGGCUAAGAACUCAAACAAACUUCUCCGUGCUUGAUAUAUCUAAUACCGGAAUCAAUGAUUCCGUCCCCAAUUGGUUUUGGGAAUCGUUAAUUCCAGGCAUUCGAUACUUAAAUCUCUCCUCGAACCAGAUCCAUGGGAUGAUUCCGGAUUUGGAUUUUAUAUCCGGUAACCAACCUAUAAUCGAUAUGAGCUCAAAUAACUUCUCGGGUAACUUACCAUUGUUUCCUCUUGACGUCGUUACUCUAAAGCUCAAUGGCAACAUCUUAUCCGGGUCGAUUUCUUCCUUGUGUAACCUGACUACUUUAAGCCGUCUUGAUCUUUCUAAUAACAAACUCUCAGGAGAGCUUCCAAAUUGCUGGAACACUCUUAAUAACCUGGCUAUUUUGAACCUUGAAGACAAUGGAUUUAUUGGGGUAGUGCCUGAAUCCAUGGGGGCCCUGGAGUUUGUUUCUAUGAUAAGUAUUCGAGGCAAUAGUUUGACAGGGGAGCUGCCAGCAUCCUUAAGAAACUGCACUUCGUUGCUACUUCUUGAUCUUGGAGAAAACCAACUGUCGGGGAAGAUACCGGAAUGGUUAGGGGAAAGCUUGUCAUUGCUGCUUGUUCUUAGCUUACAGUCGAAUCAGUUUCAUGGAGCCAUUCCUACAAGCUUAUGUAAGCUCGAGAUGAUUCAAAUUUUGGACCUCUCUGUUAACAAUAUCUCGGGGAACAUACCCAAAUGCCUCAAUAAUAUUACAGGGAUGAGUAUGAGGGAUAGAGGUACCUUGCGAUCAAGUUUUGAGUACAAUGCAGUGGGGUUGGUACGAACAAGACUAGCUGUCAGAGCAAGGGUUGUGUUUAAAGUGUUACUGCAAUGGAAAGGAAGGCGAUCAGAGUAUCAAAAUACGUUGCGUCUUGUCGUUAGCCUUGAUCUUUCUAGCAAUAGACUAACAGGCGAAAUCCCAGGUGAGAUGACGAGUCUUUUGGGUCUCAUUGCCUUGAAUCUUUCGAGAAACUCGUUAUCCGGAUCAAUACCUCAAGACAUCGGUCGUCUGGGUCAGUUGGAUUUUCUUGAUCUAUCGAGAAACAACCUGGGUGGAGGAAUCCCUACAAGCCUUGCACAAUUGAGCUAUCUAGGGUUCUUGGAUUUGUCCUUUAACAACUUGUCCGGAAGAAUCCCAAAGAGCACGCAGUUACAGAGCUUCAACGGGUCGUCAUAUGCUGGAAAUUCUAAUCUUUGUGGGGUUCCGCUGCUGAACGUAUGCCCUGGUGAUGAGGCAAGAAGUACAAACCAAGAUAUUUCAGAACAAGAAUCCGAUGAUGAUAAGUUAGAUAAGCGAUUCAUUGUUAGCGUUGUGGCUGGUGUUGCCUUUGGGUUUUGGGGUUUUUGUGGGUCGUUGAUUCUCAAACAUUCAUGGAGACAUGCCUAUUUUGGGUUCUUGAAUGUCGUCAUUAACUCGUUUCUUCUAAGACUAGAGCUGAGUUUCGCUAGGCUCCGGAGGCAAACAUCACCUUAA